AUGAUACAAGGCGAGAAGUCUCCGUUUCCUCCUACCUCGGUCUCUCACUGUAGUCUCUUUCCGGCGUACCUGUUCAGGCAUCCAAACAGAUUACAAUUUGCUGCUUCAGUCUCUUCUCUACAUCGAAACAUGAGUCGACCAAUGGAAGAAGAUGCACCAACCAAAAACGAGGAAGAGGAGUUCAACACUGGCCCCCUCUCUGUCUUGAUGAUGAGUGUCAAAAACAAUACACAGGUUCUUAUUAACUGCAGGAAUAAUAAGAAGCUUCUAGAGAGAUGUGGACUGAGGUCCCCAAAACAGGAAAAGGCAAGAAGAAAGCUCUUCCGGUUAACAAAGACAGAUUUAUCAGCAAGAUGUUUCUCCGAGGCGAUUCUGUCAUCAUUGUUCUUAGAAACCCUAAGUAAAAGGAUUUUGUUGAUUUGGGAUUCUGGAUUGAAACUUUGA